GCAGAACUUUCCUUGUCAAGAGGUCGAAAGACAUAAUAAGCCAGAAGUUGAGCUAAAGACAAGCCCAGAACUACUGCUAAAUCCUGUUUUGAUUUGUCGAAAUGAGGCUGAAAAAUGUUUGAUUGAAACAUCUAUCAAUUCACUAAGGAUAAGUCUCAAGGUAAAGCAGGCAGAUGAACUCGAAAAUAUAUUAACUAAAAAGUUUCUUAGAUUUUUGUCAAUGAGGGCAGAAGCAUUUCAAGUAUUACGGAGAAAGCCAGUUCAGGGUUAUGACAUUAGCUUUCUCAUCACAAAUUACCACUGCGAGGAGAUGCAGAAGCAAAAGCUCAUUGAUUUUAUUGUGCAAUUUAUGGAGGAUAUUGAUAAAGAAAUAAGUGAGCUGAAAAUGUCUGUCAACACAAGAGGGAGGUUGGUGGCUACGGAGUUUUUGAAGCAGUUUAUCUAAUACUUGGUAGAUUGCUGAAUCCACAUGAAUUUUGGUUCAGCAGAUCUCUGAAAGCCAAUGAUGCCUUUUGCAUGUAUUUCCAUGGUUGUGUUUAUCAGAUCCGUAAAUGAUCUUCACUUGUCAUUGUGCUAAUCAAUCAAGAUGUACGUAUUCAUUUUCAUUAUGUAUCAAAGAUAAGUGUAUUAGGUGAGGAGAGAAACAAGAAGGAACAUAAUACUAUGAUUUUGGGUGUUCAAAUUGUUUUAUAACUUUUCGUAAAUGCUAUGUGGCGAUGAAUAUAACUUUCUCUUCCACGCUGCAACGCGUUACGCUCAAGCCGUUCCAAUGCAGGGUUACCCUUAUGGCUUCCGCCUCCCUGGCGGCGGCGAAACCUCCCAGCCGCCGCUGCAACAUCCUACCCAAAACUACUCUUUCGCCUUCCAAAACGCCGAUAUGUACCAAGUCCUCCAUGCAGCACAGGCGCAGGUCACACAGCAAACACUACCCUAUUUACCCUUUCAAAAUCCCAACUAUCCCCAACAAAACCACAAUUUCCGUCCCCAAAUACCUAAUUUCCCUCGGCAACAUGGUUACGGCAAUCAGAGUUUUGGUCAUCCUCCGUUCCAUAGAGAGAGUGUUGGUUGUGAAAAACCGAUGGGGGUUUUGGAGAGAGUGGAUAGGGCGGUGGCGAAGGCACGGCGCGACCUUAUUGCGGCUGGAGAGAGUGUCUCGGCGUGGAAAGUGUCACAGUCUGCGCUCCAGAUACUGCAGGUUGAUUCUUGGCACUCCCUGGGGUGCCAGAUGCUGGAGGUUCCUUCUCUACGACAGCUUAUGCUUACUGAGGAGAGGAUAAAUGCAUUUAUUCAUUGUUUUCUUGGGGUGAGGACAAUUACAACAUUGUAUGACUUGGAAAUGGCAAUAUGCAAGAAUGAGAGCAUUAAAAAGUUUGAAGAGCUGGAGCUUGGCCCUUACUUGCGUCAUCCACUUAUCUUACAAUACUUUCUGCCUAGCUUUGAUGUUAGUAUGGUAGUUAAGAUAACUUGUGAAGAUGUAAUAGCUUGCCUUUGUGAAUUCAUGAAGACUCAUAAAAAAAAAAGGAUUCAGGUUGGUGACUUUCUAGAGUUUGUUGCUAUGAAGCAUUCUGUCAUGGGCAAGGAGAAGCUUGGUGUGCGUAUUCAGAACUUGGGGAUGUAUAUUAGUUUUAUCCGUGAAGCCAAGAGGUCAGAAGAUGCCAUAAUAAACAAAUGUCAAGGUGGGUUGAAGCUUAAAGAGCGUUAUGUCACUAUGACUGAACGUGUUGAAUCAUUUUAUUCCGUGCACAAGGAUUUUUGUGGCAAGCACAUAAAAUUUGAUUUGUCAAGCUCAGAGGAGGAAGAUGCCAAUGAUCAUGGGCAUAGGGAUGAAAACAACGACAAUGAUGUAGGAAGCCACUUCAAGCUGUCAGUAGACAAGUUGUCAUCAGACAUUGUGAAUAUCUCUGACCGACCAAGUAGCUGCCCUUACCCUUCUGCAACUGAGGAGCUGACACGACUUGGGUUGAGAGAUGGAGUGAACAAGUCAACUCCUGCUAGUGGCAAGUCAAGGCAGAUUGAGAAUAUUAGAUCAUCCAUAACGAAAAGAAGAGGGAAAUUCGAGAAGGGGAAAUUCGAGAAGAGGAAAUUCGAGAAGAGGAAAUUCGAGAAGAGGAAAUUCGAGAAGAGGAAAUUCGAGAAAAGGAAAUUCGAGGAAGAUAGGAGCAAGAAAAAUGUUCUUCCAUAUGAUGAUAGCUAUGAAUGGAAUGAGUUUAUUCUUUUAGAUGAAGUUGAUAUUUCUCUUUCAAAUCACUCUGUGAAUACAUUUAUUACAACUUGGAAGGAGGCAUGUAAAGAGCUUACGAUCAUUAAGGUUCUGCAAAGAAUGUUUCAUUUUUAUAAGCCAAAAUUUCGCAAAAAAAGGAGAAUAAUGAAAUCAAUGCUUUCAUCGUACCCAUUUCUUGGAUUACUAAUUGUCGCUGUGACAGCCAUCAAAAAAGGAAUGUGGGAUAGUACUUAUGAUGCUAUCCAAGCCAUCAAUCAGCCUGAAUUUACUAAUACAUCUGAUAAUUACACAGAAUAUGAAAGCAUUGAAGUUGAACCUAGUGAAAAGGAUAAAUCUAGUGUUAGCAAGCAUUCAAUGCAGUCUACACAGCAUGUGACUCCUGAAGAAGUUAGCAGGAAAGUUACUGCAUUUUUUCAGCAUAAUCAUGAAAUUUUGAAGGGCAUGACAAAAGAAAAAAAAUUCAUUCUCCUAAGGAAGCUGUGUGAUUGUGGGUCUUGGCUAGCUGAUCAAUUUUCUGUUAAGGAAUUCAGGUACCUUGGUUUUGGUGAUUUUUUCACAUUCCUUGAGAACAAUUUCUCUCUAUUACCUAAAGAAAUGAAGGAACUUUUUGCUGGUGGAUCAUGUGAUACCUCUUCUUUAGAGGUUUGCAUUCUGCAGCUUCUGUUGGUUGUACUAGUAUCUCAAGCAUCACAAAAUUUGCGGGAGAAUGAAAUCAUUAACAAGGAAAUGAUUUCUACUCUGCUUACAAGGCAGUUUCCAUGCAUCAGUUUCAAGAUCAUGGAAAAUGGUCCAAUGGAGAAUUUUCUGGAGAAGUUGGAGAAAUAUAAGAAUGAUGUAAUUUCUAAAUGUGUCUUAUUUUCUGCUUCAAUGUUGGGAAUGUGUCAUGUUGAUAAUUCUCUGGCUCAUGGUGAAAACUAUUUAUUAGAGUCCCUUGAAGGUGGAAAUAACCUUCUCCAGAAAGAUAGGACAGUUAAAUCUAUGACUUCUAAGGAUGCAUUGGAUGUUUUGCUUAGGGCGCCAAUGUUGUCAGAUUUAAUUUCAUGGUCCCACUGGGAUGUUGUAUUUGCCCCCUCUCUUGGUCCUCUUGUAGUUUGGCUGUUGAAUGAAGUCAAUGCAAAGGAAUUAUUGUGCUUGGUGACCAAAGAUGGGAAGGUGGUUCGGAUUGAUCAUUUAGCUACUCUAGAUUCAUUUUUGCAAGCUGCUCUUAAGGGAUCUUCAUUUGAAACCGCUGUAGAACUGCUUUCUUUAUUUUCAUUAUCUGGGGGGGUAAAGCAUCUUCCUUUAUCCCUGUUAAGAUGCUAUGCACACCAGGCUAUUGACGUCAUGAUGAAGAAUCAAUUGGAGAAUAUGGAAGUAACAGAUGGUUUGAAUGGUCAUAUGAUUGGGAAAACAUUAUUUGUGCAACAAAUGACGGAUAAUUGUUUUGCUGAUAGAUUGGAUGGUGAAUUACAGAUAAACUCCACCAGAAUUAAUGAAGUGGUAUCUUUUGUUUCACAGUUUGUCCUGGAUUGUCUUGGUUACCUACCUGCUGAAUUUCGUGAAUUCGCUGCUGAUAUAUUUCUUGAUGGGCUGCGAACUAUUGUUAAAGAUGGCCCUUCAACUAUUUUGAGGGAAUGCAGAAAUCUGGAACAGCGGUUCAUGCUACAUGAAAUAGGCUUAUCACUAGGUAUAGUGCAAUGGAUAGAGGAUUACAAUGCAUUUUUUUCUGCCAAGACCAUUGAUCUCUUCCUGCCUUUGAACUGCAAGGCAUCAGAAGUAGAUUCUGGUACAGCUGAGUCCAGGUUUGGCUCAAGCAGUAAGCAAAAUGCUGUGAAUAAGCUUUCCUCUAGUGGGAUAACAACAAUUAGUGUUUCUGAUGGGAUAGAUGAGCAACCUGGAGAAAGUCCUCAGGUUCACAGCAAGCUUAAUGAUGCCAAAGUUUCUUCUGCUGGAGUAGCUGAUGGUGGCAAGGAAAAAUCAUGUCUAAUCAAUGAAGAAAAAGAUGCGGCCUUGAUUGUUGAAUCAAUUAGGAGAGAUGAAUUUGGUAUUGAUCCAAAUCUUUCAGGCAUUGAGAGUAGCAUGUUGAAGAAGCAGCAUGCUCGACUAGGGAGGGCACUGCAUUGUCUAUCACAAGAAUUAUACUCACAGGAUUCUCAUUUUCUUCUUGAGCUUGUUCAAAAUGCUGAUGAUAAUAUUUAUUCUAAAAAUGUGGAACCAACUCUAACAUUUAUUCUUCAAGAGUCCGGUGUUGUUGUUCUCAACAACGAAGAUGGCUUUUCUGCUCAGAACAUCAGAGCACUUUGUGAUAUUGGAAACUCUACAAAGAAAGAAUGUAGUGGAUACAUUGGGAAGAAAGGCAUUGGCUUCAAAUCAGUAUUUCGGGUCACGGAUGCUCCAGAGAUUCAUUCCAAUGGGUUUCACGUCAAAUUUGAUAUAAGUGAAGGUCAGAUAGGUUUUGUUUUGCCAACACUAAUAUCUCCUUGUGAUGUUAACCAUUUUAGAUCACUGUUAUCUGGAGGAACUGAUCAUUUGGAUCAUGAGUGUUGGAACACUUGCAUUGUACUUCCUUUUAGAUCAAGAAUGUCUAAAGGAGUUGAUAUGAACAACAUUGUGUCCAUGUUUUCUGAUCUUCAUCCAUCCUUAUUACUCUUUCUUCAUCGACUUAAGUGUAUCGUGUUUCGGAAUAUGCUCAAUUGUACCCUCACUGCCAUGAGAAAAGAAAUUCUUGGAAAUGGAAUUAUAAAAGUUUCUUGUGCUGAUGAUAAAAUGACAUGGUUUGUAGAAUCGAAGAAGUUGGAUGCUAAAGUUGUUUAUCGUGAUGUGCGAGUAACAGAAAUUGCCAUGGCAUUUACACUGCAGGAGUUGGAGAAUGGGUUUUAUGGUGCAGUUUUGGACCAGCAACCUGUUUUUGCUUUUCUUCCUCUAAGGACAUAUGGUCUCAAAUUCAUCCUUCAAGGUGAUUUUGUUCUUCCCUCAUCCAGAGAGGAGGUUGAUGGUGAUAGCCCCUGGAACCAGUGGUUACUGUCACAGUUUCCUGGUUUGUUUAUCGGUGCAGAAAGAUCUUUCUGUGCCCUUCCUUGUUUUAGGGAAAAUCCUGGGAAAGCUGUUACUGUUUACAUGAGCUUUGUUCCACUUAUUGGUGAAGUGAAUGGCUUUUUUUCUUGUCUUCCUCGAAUGAUCAUUUCUGGACUACGGAUGUCUAACUGCUUGCUUUUGGAAGGAAACAAAAAUCAGUGGGUGCCUCCAUGCAAGGUUCUUAGAGGUUGGAAUGAACAUGCCCAUAAUCUCUUUCCUGAUGACUUGCUUCAUGACCACCUUGGUCUUGGAUUCUUGGACAGGGAUAUAGUUUUGUCUGAUUCAUUGGCGAGGGCACUGGGUAUAGAGGAAUAUGGUCCUAAAGUUCUAGUUCAAAUGAUAUCAUCCUUGUGUGGAAAGGAAAAUUGUCUUAAAUCCAUGGGCCUGCAUUGGUUGUCUUCUUGGCUAAAUGAAUUUUGUAUGAUGUCAUUCCAUUCUUUAGGGCAGGAUUCAGUGAAAUCUGGAAUAGAAGCAGAUCUAAUUGAUAACCUUAGAAAAAUUCCAUUUAUUCCUUUGUCAGAUGGCACGUUCAGCUCACUCGAGAAAGGUACGAUUUGGUUACAUUUUGAUGUCAUUAGUGCAGGUUUUGAUGGGGGAUCUGGACUCGAAGCCUUUCCAUGUUUGAGUGCUAAACUUAGGCUUGUAACUCCUGCCCUCCUUUCUGCAUCAUCUGUGCCUAACUCAUGCAUGGAUAUGACUCUAGUGGGCAACAUUACUAGGGUGCUACAUAGCAUUGGAGUCCAACAGCUCACUGCACAUGAUAUUAUAAAGGUGCACAUUUUGCCAGCUAUGGCUGAAAUGAUGGGGGGAGACAAGGAUUUGAUGAUAGACUACCUCUGCUUUGUGAUGGUUCACCUGCAAACUGGCUGUCCUAGUUGUCUUGUUGAGAGGGAUUCCAUUAUUUCAGAGUUACAAAGUAAUGCUUUUAUAUUAACAAAUCAUGGAUUUAAAAGACCAAUUGAGGCAUCAGUUCAUUUCAGCUACGAGUUUGAUAGUCCUGUGAAUAUCAAUAAGUUUGUUAAUGACAUGGAAACGAAAUGGCAUGAGGUUGAUAAUACAUAUUUGAAUCAUCCAGCAGCCAAAUCACAAGUGAGGAAAUGGAGGGAAUUUUUUCAGGAAAUUGGUGUAACAGAUUUUGUGCAAGUGAUUCAAGUUGAUAAGAGCUUUGCUGACAUGUCGGAUACCAUUUUAGAGCAAAUGUUGUCAGAUAGGAAGUUAAUUUCUCAUGGGUCAGUUGCCAAAGAUUGGGAAUCUCGUGAAUUAGUUGAGUUAUUAUCCCUGUUGUCCACUAGUAGCAAUCAGGAAGGUUGUAAAUACUUGUUGGAGGUUCUUGAUAAAUUGUGGGAUGACUAUUUUUGUGAAAAAGUUACAGGUUACUUCAAUUUUAAAUCUGAUGGUGAUAUUAAGCCCUUCAAGUCUUCUUUUCUGUGCAACAUUUGUGAUGUUCAGUGGAUGGUGUCAAGCAUGGAUGAUAAACUUCACUAUCCUAGAGAUUUAUUCCAUGAUUGUGAUGCUGUUCGCUACAUCCUUGGGGAUUCUGCUCCAUAUGCUGUUCCAAAGGUAAGAAGUGGAAAAUUAGUGAAGGAUAUUGGCUUUAAAACUCUAGUUACAACUGAUGAUAUCCACAAAGUUCUAAAACUAUGGAGAUCUCAGGCUCCUUUCAAGGCCAGCAUAGCACAAAUGUCCAGAUUUUACUCAUUUAUUUGGAAUGAAAUGUCUACUUCAAGGCAGAAAAUUGCAGCAGAGUUUUAUUCUGGUCCUUCUAUAUUUGUUCCUUACAAGUCUGGCUCCAGGCUUGAUGAUGUCAUUUCUGGUGCAUUCUUGUGCUCCAAGGAAGUGUAUUGGCAUGACCCAACCAGUUGUAUGAACCAAAUAGAGAGCCAAUCUAAUUGUGAUUCAGUGCAGAAUCAUCGCCCCUUGAACAGGACAUUAUGCAAUGUUUAUCCAGGUCUCCAUGACUUCUUUGUUAAUGAAUGUGGAGUGUCCAAGGAACCUUCCUUUUCUAGCUACCUUGACAUUUUGCUGGAGUUAUCAACAGCUGUUUUGCCUUCUCAAGCUGCUAAUGCUGUUUUCCAAGUUUUUAUGAAGUGGGCUGAUGAUCUAAAGUCUGGUGUACUAAGUUCUGAAGAUGUCAUUCAGAUUAAAGAAUGUCUUUCUAAAUUGGAGUAUAAGGUGCUUCCAACACUUCUUGAUAAGUGGGUUUCUUUACACCCUUCUUUUGGUCUGGUAUGCUGGUGUGAUGAUGAACAAUUAAGGAAGAGAUUUAAACAUUUGGAUGCCGUUGAUUUUCUGUACUUUGGAAAUCUUAAAAAUGAAGAACAAGAAUUUCUUCAGAGUAAAGUGUCUGUGCUGAUGCGAACCAUAGGGAUUCCCAUUCUUUCUGAGAUUGUAACUCGUGAAGCAGUAUAUGAUGGACAGUCAGAUAGCAUAUUCAAAGCUUCCUUGGUGAACUGGGCCCUUCCUUUUAUGCAGCGUUACUUGUACUGUGUCCAUCCUGAUAAAUAUCUUCAGCUCAAGCAAUCUGGAUUUGAUAAUAUAAAUAACCUACAAAUUGUUGUUGUUGACAAGUUAUACUACAGGAAUGUUAUAAAGAGAUUUGGCAUAAUAUCCAAUAAGCGAAUUAAAUGUAGCUGUCUUCUACAGGUAUGAAAUGAUUUUCUGUUUUUGCAAUCCAUAUGGCUUAAUUGGAAUUAAACUUCUUAUGAUAUUGGUAAUGUUUAUAACAUGUAACAUCUCAAGAUUCAUGUAACUCCUCACAGCUAUUUUCAAUGUUAUAUUCUUGGAAGAGUGAAUGGCAUGCAAGAAAUAAGUUAUUUUCUUUUGUAUAAAUAUUUUUAGUAAUU